CUGGAACAAACAGGUGGGACCCUCCCCGCUCCGCUGCUGUUCCAAGUCCGGGUUGCCUCGCAGCCGGCUCAGCUGGGCGGUGCCCCGGCCGCCCAGGCGCCCCAGCCGCCCUGGCGCCCCGCUACUGGGCAGGAAGAGAAGAUGAAUAAACCCAUAACAUCUUCAACAUAUGUGCGCUCCCUCAAUGUUGGACUAAUCAGGAAGCUGUCAGAUUUUAUUGAUCCUCAAGAAGGAUGGAAGAAGUUAGCGGUAGCUAUUAAAAAACCAUCUGGUGAUGAUAGAUACAAUCAGUUUCACAUAAGGAGAUUUGAAGCAUUACUUCAAACUGGAAAAAGCCCCACUUGUGAAUUACUGUUUGACUGGGGUACCACAAAUUGCACAGUUGGUGAUCUUGUGGAUCUUUUGGUCCAAAAUGAGUUUUUUGCCCCAGCAAGUCUUUUGCUACCAGAUGCUGUUCCCCAAACUGUUAAUACACUACCUGCUAAAGAAGCUGUAACAGUUCCGCAGAAAGAAAUGCCUCUCUGUGGCAAAGACAGGACAUUUGUGUUACCUGUGCAGGAUCUUGAACAAAACUAUAUGCCCCCUGACUCCUCAAGUCCAGAAAAUACAAGUUUAGCAGGCAGUGAUACACGUUUUCACAGCUUUUCAUUUUAUGAAUUGAAGAAUGUCACAAAUAACUUUGAUGAAAGGCCCAUUUCUGUCGGUGGCAACAAGAUGGGAGAGGGCGGGUUUGGAGUUGUGUAUAAAGGCUGCGUGAACAACAAAACUGUAGCAGUGAAGAAGCUUGCAGCAAUGGUUGACAUUAGUACUGAAGAACUGAAACAGCAGUUUGAUCAAGAAAUAAAAGUUAUGGCAAAGUGUCAACAUGAAAACUUAGUAGAACUACUUGGUUUCUCAAGUGAUGGAGAUGACCUCUGCUUAGUGUAUGUUUACAUGCCCAAUGGCUCAUUGCUGGACAGGCUGUCCUGCUUGGAUGAUACUCCACCACUUUCUUGGCAUAUGAGAUGCAAGAUUGCUCAGGGUGCAGCUACUGGCAUCAGUUUUUUACAUGAAAACCAUCAUAUUCAUAGAGACAUUAAAAGUGCAAAUAUCUUACUAGAUGAAGACUUUACAGCCAAAAUAUCAGACUUUGGGCUUGCACGGGCUUCUGAGAAGUUUGCCCAAACAGUCAUGACUAGCAGAAUUGUGGGAACAACAGCUUAUAUGGCACCUGAGGCUUUACGAGGAGAAAUAACACCCAAAUCUGACAUAUACAGCUUUGGUGUGGUUUUAUUAGAAAUAAUAACUGGACUUCCAGCUGUAGAUGAAUACCGUGAACCUCAGUUAUUGCUAGAUAUUAAAGAAGAAAUCGAAGAUGAAGAAAAGACAAUUGAAGAUUAUAUUGAUACGAAGAUGAAUGACAUUGAUCCCAUUUCCAUUGAAACCAUGUAUUCUGUUGCCAGUCAAUGCUUGCAUGAAAAGAAAAAUAAGAGACCAGAUAUUAAGAAGGUUCAACAGCUGCUGCAAGAAAUGACAGUUUCUUGAAACUUCACUGGAAGACUCUUGGUUUUUUAUAUACAGCUAUGUAAAACAGUUUUUAAACUAAAUUUUUGUUAUAAACAUUCUUUUUUACCUUUAACAAGGCAGCAUGGAGCAUGGAACCCCCACACAUAUAUAUAUAGAACAACAAAAGUAGAGCCACUGUAUCGACCCUAAUCCCUGGCUUUUUAGUGUCACCCUCAGUUCUUGAGUAAUCCCUAAGACCUCGCCUUAGAACCUCACCAAACAUGGUUUGAAAACCAUAGAAUUAGCAAUUAAGGGGACUGGACUAUAGGGUGAAAAGACCCGAAGCUGAAGCCCUAACUCCACUACUAAUUUGCCAUAGAGCUUUGGACAAUCCCUUAACAGCGUUGAGCCUUUGUUUUUUCACUGGUAACAUUAGGCUAAUUAUCUACUGUGCUUCUCUGACAGGUAGUCCUGGAAAUCCAAUGAUGCAGACUAUGUACAAGCACUUUGUAACAUGUAAAGUGAUGUAAAAUUUAAAGUUUAUGUAGAUGUUUAUACAAUCCAAUUACAGUCGUUUGUUUAUAGGAUUGUGUUCACAGUGUGUUUUUUGAGAGAGAGAGAAAGCUUGCAUGAGUGGGAGGGGGCAGAGAGAAAGAUAGAGAAUCCCAAGCAGACUUCGCACAGUCAGCACAGAGCCUGACAUGGGGCUUGAUCUCUUGAACCGGUGACAUCAUGAUCUGAGCUGAAAUCAAGAGUAGGACGCUUAACCAACUGAGCCACCCAGGUGCCCCGCAAUGUACUAUUUUAAGCAUUCACCACUAACCAAAUAUUACCUGAUGAUAUGGUCAUUAUUAGAUUAUGUUAUAUGGCAACAUAUUCCAUAAUGAAGGAAUUUUGCAGAUGUUGGUAAGGCCCCUAAUCUGCUGACUUUGAGUAUCAACAGAGAGACUGUGCUGGGCAGGCCUGACCUAAUAAGAUGGUUUCUUACAAGAAGUCUGAGACAUUGUCCUGUGGGCCUUGAAGAAGGAAGCUACCGUGUUGUAAGAAGGCCACAUUGGCUAAGAUCUACGGGUGGCCUUCUAGGCUAAGGGCUACCUUCCAGCUGUUAGCCAGCAUAAAAAACUGGGACCUGGGUUGUAUAACCACAAGAAACUGAAUUCUUCUAGAAAGAACAACUGUUUUUUGAACCAUAUUUCUGACCCACUGGUUUGCUAGCUAGCCAACUAAAAAUUUUUAAUUUUUAGUUUCUCUCCUUAUGUUCUAUGAAAACCACUCAGGUAAUAGGAACAAUUGAUAAAUGUUUUGCCUUACUUUUGUGACAUAUAAUUAAGAGAAAUUUAAGACAUUCUAAAGCAUUUAUUGCUCUGUCCACUUUCUGGUCCUAUAUAAAAUGCUCAUAGAUCUCA